AGGGGGCGGGACCGAGGAAAGGUCGCGCGCCACCUCCGACAGGUGCGCGCGGGAGGCGCCGUUUCUUGAAAGCGGGUCCGGAAUUCGGAUCCGCACAUAUUCGCCUCUAUAAACGGCUUAGAACAGAGUUUCCUAUCAUAUCGCUUUCGUGUUACCGAGUUGUGUAUUCUUUGUUUUUUUUUUUUUGUUUUUUUUGUAUCUUGAAGUCUUCGAAGGAAAGUUAAAAAUAGCGGGAUUCGUCACAAACCUACGUGUUAACACACUGUUCUGUUUAGAGCAGUUUGAGUUUUUAUUUGUUUCAAUAUACUUCUUUAUAGAAAAAUUUAUUUGUUAUUUACAGCGGCGGUAUAGUGACUCGGAACGCGAAUUACAAGUUGUGGAGAUUUGCUUUAUGAAAGUGGCGUAAAGGGGAUUAUUUAACUGAAAAACGAACAGCAAGAAAGCUGAUAAGGGAGCGUCCUGUCAUUUGAAAGCAUCUCCAUAAACUCAAGUUUUUUCCUGCUCCUUUGGGGAUCAUUUAAUCCACUAUUAAAUCUCUACUGAUUACUGGGGACGUUUAUGGAUACGGUCUUUAAGUCUGGGCAUACCCGGUUGUCUUGAAACAAAACGGAGAAGCUGCCCGUUCAUUUUGUGGUUUUUCACUUGAACGUCUUAAAAUAAAGAGCAAUCGGAUGUUGAUGUAGUUCAAGCUGGCCGAGAGACCGCAUCCGGAUUAAGCGCAGUGUGCGGGACCCCUUGGGCGUGCGGACCGAAGAGGGAUGGCGAGCCAGCGGCCCGUGUGGCUUAUAUACGUGCUCGGAGCAUUAGCGCCCUUCGUAUGGGGUCAGCAAUUGGAGCCCCCCCCCCUGUUCACAGUACGCUCCAUGGAGGGGGCGCCCUCACGGCUGCCCUGCCAGUUCCAGGUGGAAGAUGCCAGCGUGAGCGUGGUGCAGGUGACCUGGACCCACGAGAAGCCAAAUGGCACCAAGGAGAUGGUCAUCACUGCCCACCCGAAGGAGGGACUCAGAGAGUUUGGUGUAUUCUCGGGCCGGGUGAAAUUUGAGAGCGACGACCCCAUGACCAGCAUGGCGCUGAUCAUCCAGGACACCAGAGAGUCGGACGAAGGGCAAUACACUUGCCACAUAUCCACCUUCCCCUUAGGAAACUUUGAGCAGCAGCUGUUGCUGACAGUGUGGGUUAAGCCCGUCUAUGACCUGGAGACGGUGGUGCUGGUGGAGAGCAAGACCGGGAGUGUGGCGGCCACAUGCCGCUCGGUGGGGCGCCCUCUGCCUGUGGUGACCUGGGACACUGAACUCAAGGGUCAGAUCCAGAACCGCACUACCAAUAACCGGGCCGUGGUCACAUACUUCUUCGUUGAACCCCUGCGCAGCAUGGAUGGGAAGAAGCUGGACUGCCUGAUCUCACACCCAUGUCUGACCCAGCCCCACCGGAUUACCAACCGCCUGGUUGUUCACUAUCCCCCUGAAGCUGUAAUCAGUGGUUAUGAACAAACCUGGCUGGCAGGGCAAGAGCGAGCCUCACUGAAGUGUGAAGCCACGGGGAAUCCAGUCCCGAACAUCUCCUGGAGCAGGUACUCCCCGUCUCUCACGUCACGCCAUGACUCCUGUGUGCUUUGUUCAGCGGAUUACUGUCUGCCGCUAGUUUCGACUACAUACGUACACACACACACACACACACACACACACACACACACACACACACACAUACAGACCCGUACUUGUAUCUGUGUGGGGCCUGAAAUCAAAAAAUGUGAGGAUCAGCUGACAGCCUGGGGAUCCAUUUCUCCAUCUUACAGAAACGGCGGGCCCUUGCCACCUGAGGUGUCCAUACAGGGGAAGAUGCUGUCAUUCAAUCGCCCCCUGCUUGUGACAGACUCCGGGGUGUACGAGUGCUUCGCCAGCAAUACCAUAGGAACUGGCAAGGACAGUGUCAAUGUAGUAGUGACAGACUUGCAGCCAAGGGUUGUCCAUAACCCAGUGAUUGUCAACGCUCUGUGUGGCGUCAUCGGUGUGCUGCUGAUGAUCACGGUGGUUGCGCUCAUUGUGGUGAAAUGUCACUAUAAGAAGAAGAAGAAGAAGCUGGAGAAACAGCUUGAUGAGAAGAAAGAGGAGCUGAUUUCUCUAUCAAGACAGAAUUCUGUCCGAAGACUGAACUCAGAUCGGCGCGCGUCAGAUCCUCGCAUUCAGCUGGACGACCAUAUUGCCCUCAGAUUGGAAAGUGCUAUUUCUACUCUCAGGGAUCUUUCAGCCCGGGGUUAUUCCCGGUAUGAUGGAGGCAUGGCAGAAGAAGAGGCAGAGACCAUGGCUAGCGACUCCCUGCAUAACUCACUGUGGCAUGGAGACGAAGACCCCGACGGCUAUGUGGACAUGGACGGCGGGAGACAGGCCCCCAGGCACCGGGCUGAGUCCUUCAUGAGCAACAUGUCUUUGGGGCGGAGCAGCGUGACAGAUGUGACGGGUCUGCAUCGUCUGGGCUCCAGAGAGCGGAUGUCGUUCAUGAGGGCCAGCCUCUCUGGAGGGUCAGUAACGCGACACCCGGGGCCGAGGGAUCAGGCGGCAACCACAAGGUCCAGCAUCUCUGCCUGGUCGGGAACGCAAGCCCUGGGUUCCAGGGACCAGCUGUCUGCUACACAGGCUGGCAUGGGGGUGGAAACUCAGCAGCUGGGGAUCGGUGAACGGGUGCCUUCAGUGCGAAGCAUCAGCGCGAGGGUACCGGUAAAGCAGCGUGUGGGGUCCCGAUCCCGAACCUCCCCAACACAAGCCUGUGAGGAGAAAUGGGAGGACAAAGAGGAGGAGAUGUAUGGAGAGGAGGAGAUGUACGGAGAGGACGACUGCAGGACAAACAGCAGUCAGAUUUCAGAAGCCCUCUCCAACCACUUUUACCCGAACAACGGAUUCCUGCAACCCAAACCCCAUGCCAAAGCCAUCCUGCUCCACCCCAGGAGUCAGAUCAUAUAGAGAUCAGUGUACACCUUCGGGUUUAGAACUUCCUGUGGAACUUCCUGUCAGCUGACUCUGUAACGGGAUGGUUAAUAUUCAACAUGCUGCCAGACUGCCUAGUGUUUAAAUGAUGAACGUAUUGGGACAUGCACUGAGCCAGAGGGUUAUUAGCUCAAGUCCCGCGUAGAUCUCUGUUGUAAAACAGGCUGUGGUGCUUGAGCUGUGCCAACGAUAUUCCCAGCAGUGAAAUGAGUUCAGUGUUAUUUUGGAUAAAAAGGUGAACUAAGAAACCGAAUGUAACCUGGAGUAAAAUACCGGCGAAAAUACAGAAAAUAGUGACUGUCGAGUCAAAGAUCAAAUCUGCCACAAACUGAGACGAUGUCCCAUAAUCACACCCUAUCAUGAAGAAAUCAUGAUGUUUCCAGCAGUUUCUUCAGUGACUCCAUCAGUUCGUGGGUUGGAUUUCGCUUCGCGUGAUCACCGGGUUUUCGCAGCCGCAAACACGCUUUGUUGAUGUCUCAUUCUGCAGAGGUAGCAGGUUGUAACAAACCAUCGGAUACCUAUCAUCUUUGUUUUACAGUGCCAUUAUUCUCUUGUUUUUGUGUGAUAUUCCAUCUGUUAAAAUUAUUUUAUCUAACGUGGUCUCAGCAAGUGAAGCGUUCACAGGCUGAUCGCUCGUUUUUGGUUAUUCAGUCAUGUCUCCUGUUAUGUUAUUAUCAUAUCUUGUACAUUGCAUUUACAUGUUUUCAUACUAUGUUUACAAUUUUAUUCCGCUUAUGAUUUCUAAAGAGGAUUUCUAAGAUGCCUAGAAUAUAUAUAUUUAUAUUUUUGUGUCAUGCCUAUUCAAAAAUCAUUAGUAAAUCUUUGUUUGUUUAGUACACUUUGAGUGUGAAAGGUUGUUGUUGGUGGAAUGUAGAAGUUCUGAAGAGUGCAAUAAAGUAGGAACGUGAAAAUACCA